GGGUCAAAAGCAGUAUCCUCUGGCCUUAAAGCACGGGCAGCCUGAGGGUAAAUGCCAAACUGAGUGAGGUAAAGCUGUGAAGUGAUGAUGCAGACUCAGAGGAUCAUGGAUAGUGAGAGCUGAGCCCUUAGCUGGCUCGGCCUUGGACUUGGCAGCAGAUGGCCUCCCUCUCAGACUCAGGCGUCAGCUGCUAACAUGCAGUUGGACGCUGAGGUUCACAAAGGGGAGCACACAGUCACACUGCUGACAAAGUCCUGACAGCUCGCUCCCGGGCUGUUCGGCACACUGGAGUUUGACAAGCGACCAUUGAGGAGGUACUUCUUCCUGAGUUUGAGCUCACAUUUCAACUCUGAGGACAUGUCUCAUUCCAGGUAGGACACAGAUAUGUUUGUUUUUUUUUCAUGUCAUGCUUACCUUUUAAAAGAGUCAUUAUAUCAGUCAAGAGCUGCAGGAUGUAAUUACUCAUAUUUUAGUGUUUAGUUGUAUUCCUGAAUUGUACAUUCACUUCAACAUGAGGACAUAAGGAUCACUUACCACCAAAAGCUCCUUUAAUUCCAUUUGGGAUCUGCCUGUAUGGCUUAUAGGUCCUCACGGUAAACAAACACACACUGCAGACAGACAGCAGGACUGUGACCAGAGUGUGUAAAUAUGUAUAUCUGUUAACAGAACCAAACUUUAAGCAUCAAUUAAAAAUCAAUAGUGCAUAUUGACUUUAAGAUUGGCUUCAAUUUAUUGCUCCACUUGAAUUUUGAGGUGCGUCAUACUUGUAUUGCCUUGUUUUCCAUAAUUCUGCCCCACAAUUAAAACACUUUACUUUGUGCUGAUUAUUUAGUUCCUUCUGCAAAACGUUUCUUUGUAACAGAGAAUUUUGACACCAUAAAAAUGAAACUUUUAAAUUUAUUCCUUAUUUGGCUGCUUAUUUUUUGGGGGGGAUUUUAGUUUAGGCUGUGCUGUUGGUGAGGUAUUUGUUUUCGUCAUAUUGUUCAGUAAACUGAUUACCCAACCACAUGCUCAGAACAAUGAGCCUGUGUAAGGAUGGCAUAAAGCCACCAGGUCAUUUCCUCAUCUGUAUCCUGCUCCUCAGCAAACACAGCAGGAAAGAGAGACACCAAAUUCAGAGGGGAUCCCCAGUUUCCUUCUCUGGUUCCUGAACAUGGGAAAGAGUAAAAACCCAUCCAACAGGCGUUCAAAUCUAAAAUAAGAAAAAAAUCUUAGGAUAAAAAUGUUGUAUUUCCAAUAUCAAUGCUCAGAUGAGUCAAAAAAGCUGACUGAUCACUGAUAUUAAAAUGAACACCUGAUUUUGUUGUGCCAUAUGGCAAAUGUAAACACCCCUCUCUUUCUGCAGGUGCACAACAGGAAACCAUUCAGCACAUGUUCUUCAUGCAGGAGCUUCCUCCCUCCCUGGAUGUCACAUGCAGGACGCUGUGGUUUCCCACUGUCAAUGAACAAAGCGGAUUUCAACCACAACAAUAGAAGCAAUAAUCCUUCAAGAUGGCAGCUUCCUCAUUCAAUGCUACUGAGGAGCCUGACACUGGAUUAACAGAGGUGGACGCAUGUGCACUUGAGGUUAAUAUCAAGCAUGAAGUCAUCCCGUCCUUUGUCUGCUCCAUUUGCCUGUCACUGGGACUCAUUUAUUGCUUCUUUGGUAUGUAUUCUUGCACUAAUGUAAAAUGUGCAUAGACAUAGAUAACAGAGGUUAAUUAACAUGACCCCAUUUACUGUGACGUCAUACUCAGAGGGAAGCCAAACUGCUGUCAUUCUGCCAUGAUGCAAGUCUUUGUCAGUCUUAUACGGGGGAAAAAUCCAGCCAGUUUCUACUCCAUGUACUAUUUCUCAAAACAUUUGCAGCUAGAACAACACCAGGAAAGAAAAUUAUAUAUCAAAGCCACCUUUCAACAUUAGCUCAAAGGAUGAUAAAAUGCAUACAGCAGGAAGAAAAUGACAAAACAACAAUACCAACACGCACUUAGUCAAAGUUCAAUAUCACAUUUCAACUCAGUAUUCUGCACCAAGUCUUUGUCAGGUCUGAUCACUGUAACAUCUUUUUCACGUCUUGGUUAAGAUAAAAUUUUCCUUUAUAGUCCCUCUAGGAAAAAUAUUCAUGGACUUACAAUGUUUACAGUGUAAUGUGUAAAAGAUAUAAAGUGCGGUCUCUGUCAGAUCUUAGUUGGAUAUACUUCAAGUCUUUCUGUAUCAUUUCUUGGUCAGGUCAGUGUCAGGUCUUUGUCCGGUCUUGAUCAGGUGUUUCUUUGCCUUUGUAAAGCCAAUGUCAGGUCUUUGUCAGGUUUUCAUCGUUGAGUCUUUGUCAGAUCUCUGUCAUAUUUUUAUCAGGUUAGACCCAGGUCUUUGUCAUGUCUUUGUCAGGUCCUUGUCACAUUUUUUGCAAGGUCACUGUCAGUACAAGUCAAAUCAAGAGGCAAAGACCAUUUUGUGCAAAAUUUGGGAUUAGCCUUACUUUAAACUUGAUAUUGACAAUUUUUCCACACGGCGUUACUGCCUUUUGUCUGUUUCAAGAUGAAGUGAAAGUUAGCUUGAGCAGAAAAGUUGUCGGCUCAGAGUGAACUAGAUAUCAAAAAUGCUCUUUUUGAAUGAAAUAAGGAGGCUUGUUUCAGGUUUUGGGUUAGGGUUGUUCGGGUUGUUGAUUGAGCAGGAAUCAGGGGAAUGACCAUGACUUUUAAGCUUUCUUUGACUCUUUUUUUAUUUUAUUAUUAUUUUUUUUUUAUUAAUUAAUUUAUUAUUUUUAUGCAAGACAGACAACAAACAACAGCAUUUGUGGUUUUGUGUGUGUGUGUGUGUGUGUGUGUGUGUGUGUGUGUGUGUGUGUGUGUGUGUGUGUGUGUGUGUGUGUGUGUGUGUGUGUGUGUGUGUGUGUAUUAUAUAUUUGAAUAAUAAUGAUAAAAAUAUUACAAUUGUCAGACAAGCAUAUAAUGGAAUGUUAUAAUGGAAAUUAUAAUAGAAGAAUAAUAUCAAUAAUAUUAAUAAUUAUAAGAAGAAGAAGAAGAACAACAACAACAAUCAAUAUUAUAAAAAAUGAUAGUAAUAAUAAUUAUAUGGGUGGAAGGGAGGUCUUAAAAUUUGGACUACCUUGGGUCCCUGCCCACUCGCAUGAGACCAGCCUGCAAAUGACAAUGACAAUAAUAUUCAUCAUAAUAGUUGUAGUAAUACUGAUGUUGUAAAAAAUAAAAAAUAAAAAUAAAAAUAAAUAAACAAUAAUAAUAAUAAUAAUAAUAAUAAAUAAUUUAAAAAUUAAAGAAAAGAAAAUUGGGAAUGAAAGUGUCAGAGAACUGAGAUGGAUGAUGUUGUGACUGGUUUGUGGCAGAUAACGAUUGUAGAAAAGUGAUGAAUGAUGAUUUCUUUGACUCUUGAAGCACAGCUCUACCAUGUUGUCCUUUAAGCUUUCCAGAUUGUGCGUAAUGUCAUGUGGAAAAUGGCUCUGCUGAUAUGGUGCAUUAAAGGGUACUUAAAGCCACUAUUUCAACAUGUGCCUGCUGUCAGGGUUUUCACAGUCAAGUUUAAUUGGCUCACCUGACACUUAAAAGCAGCAGUAGCAGGUGUCUGGACACUGCCAGGGGUUUAGUGUGGAUAAGCUGGAGGAGGCAUAUGGGUACUCUCUUCAAGUCAACACAGACAGCGUUACAAGGCUGCACCUGUUGCACUGUCUGACAUCUCACUGGUUUCACUUUGUUAAAUCUGACAAAAGCUCAUGAGGAUUCAGACACUCAUGGGAUGUUUUUAUCAACAAGCAGCACUCAUAUGAGUUUGUUCUUUUAUAUGCUGUCAGGGAGAAAAUACAGUACAAGACAACACAUAGUCUGAUAUCUGCCACUGUUGUCCGAGACAAAAUGUGUGAACACAAAUCCAACAAACACACAGUGAGCGUGCUUGUGAAUGGUCUGUACUUUGCUCCCUAGUCCAUGUGACAUUAUGCAAACAAACAAGCUGCCAAAGUCUGUGUUCCCACCAACUCUCACAGUGUUAGCAUUGGCUGAAAUGGCUUUUUUAAAGUUUAAAUAGUCAAUCAUUGGAAGAAAACCAGCAGUUGUUGUGGUGGGGGUGGAGAAAGUUUAGAUUUUCAUGAAGAAAGCGGCUAUUGUGAACAAAAAAAGUGAUGAGACAGUGGCUGUGGAUGUAACUCAGAUUAAAAUAAUGAGAAAUGUGAUGCUGGACAUGAAAACCAGAACAAACUCACAAACUAGUUUGAAUUGCUUAUUUAAACUUUGCGGUGUAGUGGCUAGGGCUGCUGCUUCUUAUUCAAAGGAAAGAUUUUUUAAAUUAAUUUUGUCCCUUUUAUUAAAGUUUGCCUAACACAGAAGUAGAUGUUUCUCUAUUUAACUGUGAUUCUGUUUCUUUUCCAGGAUACCGCUGCUUCAAAAUGGUCAUGUUCUUCUCGGGCUUCUUGUUCAGCUCUGCAGCCAUCCUCUUGUUUUACCACAAAGAGCCCGUGCUGGAUGCAAAACUGGGGAUAGAGACGAAGGCGGGAAUCGGGCUGGGUGUGGGUGUGCUCUUCGGCCUGGGAACUCUGUUAGUGUCCACUCUGGGACUCAUCUUCAGCGGUCUGCAGCUGGGCAGCCUGCUCGCCCUUCCCUUCCUGGUGGUUAUUGGACAGUUUCACAGCCUUUCUCCAGUAUGGGUGCCUCUUAGUGCUUUGCUGGCAGCCGGUAUCGUCACUGCCGUCCUCACACUUCAGUGGCAAAAACUCUUCACCAUCAUUUACACAUCUGUGUUGGGGGCCACCGCUGUGAUGCUGUGUGUGGAUUACAUGAUGGGGACAUUCAUGCUGCCUGAUCAGGUGUAUGAUCUACUCUGUCAGGCUGCCCCGCGUCAACUCUGCUGGUUUGACUGGGUGAUCGCUGGGAUAUGGCCCACCAUGAGUCUGAUAGGAGUGUUUGUGCAAUGGAGGUUCACUGCCAGAGGAGUGUCACACAGAGAUGGUGGGUUUGAUUUAGGCUGUUGAUACUGAUGCGUCCAAACUCAGACCCUCAGAGCUCAAACUCUUAUUUGUCCUUCGCUUCACAGCUGCAGACAAAAAGAAGAAGAAACAUGCAAAGAGGUACAGAUACAAAGAGACAAGAGGAAGACCUCGAUCAUACCGUCGACGCAGACCUCCUAUGUUGAAUCGCUAUGCUGGAGACGUCCUAGCACCGGUGAGUGACUGAAUUCAACUCUUUAAAUGACAUAAAAUGAAUUAAAGAGCAAAGAUUUAUUUUAUUUCUUCUUAACCUUAACCCUAAGAGUUUAAAUGGGGCAGUUCACUAACACCAGUCAUCUCCUCUCUCCCGUCCAGAGUUAUCUGCAGAGUCUCCAGGAGCGCCAGUUGGGAACCGGCUCCUCCGGCAGCAGCGUCAGCACCAUCACACACACACUCAUUGACUUUGACUAUGAGACGGGCUCCAUGGUUCCUCUGACGUCUUCUUCUCCUGUCUUUAACUUCUGAAGGAAUACGCAGCAUCAUAAACCUGAUAUACAUUAAUAAUCGAACUUCUAAUGGCACGUCAACUUCUACAAAACGACUUCAGCCAUUUUUCCUGCUGGUUUGAACCCACUUUGACCACUUUAAUAUUCUGUGUGGACACUCUAUAUUUUGAGACACAGAUUAAGUUAUUUUAUACAAUAGAAAAUCCUGUCUAAAUGUACAUAAAAUAAAACUAUUCACAGUCGGGGGUGUUGUCUGAUAAAGGACAUUAAACACUAGUUAACAGAGAAGCUGUCCUGUAUUUGGAGUAUUGGCUUGUCUCUCUAAGUGUCAUAAAUCAGUAAACUGACUCAGAAAUACACAACUAUAACAAUAGUUUUGAUAUACUAACAAAAACUUAAAAGUAGAUUGAAUCAAUCAAAUGUUCAUAUUGUUGUUUGUGAAUCGUUAAGAGAGAGAAUAUGUCUGUGUUUGUCAUCUUUCAACAGGUUGAGUCUAAACUGGAUUUAGAUUGAAUUAAAAAAGCAUUUUCUAUUUUGUA